GGGUUAUAGCGUAUAAUAAGAUCGUAAAAUUCCAUACACGACUGCGAUCACACUUCUCAGUGUCCAGCUCUCGACGGUGUAAACGCUAAUCAUGGGAGGCGAUAGAAACUCGCAUUUUCUUUCUGACGAUUCUGAAGAAUCGACAAUACUCGGCGGCGAAGAAGAGGAAGAUUUCUCUGUGCGAUCACCCGCCUCAUCCAUUCUCUCCGGUGACGGUGGAGUGGAUUGUGAGAGUGGAGUUGAUGAGGUUGAAGGAUUUGAGAAGGUUGGGCGUCCAAUUUCUUAUCACAAGUCUGAGGCUAGCCUGAAGCGGGCACGCAAUGUAUAUAGGGAGGUUUUGAGGAGCUAUGACGAUGAACUGAAGGACCAAGCAGUGGCCCUAGAGUAUGCAAAACGCAAAAUCUUGGGCUAUACUCCUGGAUCAUGGACUGAAGCAGCUGGUGGUACAAACUUACGUGACUAUAAAGUUCCAAAAACGACAACCAUCUUGUUGAUUGGCACAAAAGGUUCUGGUAAAAGCAGUCUAGUUAACAAGAUUUCAGAUUUUUUUGAUUCCGAAAGGUUUACACCACAAAGGGCACAAGUGUCGUUUAAUCCUUCUAUUGGAGGUGGUACCAUUUUCGCCCACGAAUACAAGAUCCCGAAGUGUGCAAAAUCUUUCUGUCUAUAUGAUACGCGGAGUUUGUCUGACAAUCACUCUGAAAAUGAAUGCUUGCUGAAACGUUGGAUGACAAAUGGAGUUUGUCAUGGAGAACUUGUUAUGAGGGAUUCUGAUAAUGUGGCCGGUUCAACGACUAGAAUGAAGUACUCACCCGCCGUGGCUCGACCCAUCAACUUUGUGGUGUUUGUUGUCAAUGCUGUUUCUGUUCUUGAAUCAAUGGAAGGCAGAGAUGAAACAGAGAAACGCUAUACUCAAGUCGUUUCUAAAGCAUUCAAUCGCCCGUUCCUGUCAUUCAAAAGUAUUAAUUUUAAUUUACCACCGUUUAUACACGAUUUGUGUUGUUGUUUCUCAGAUGACAAGCCCGUAGUUGUGGUUACACAUGGUGAUUUACUCUCGGUUUCUGACCGUGUUCGUGUACGUGUUCACUUGGGGGACCUUCUGGGAAUCCAUCCAAAGAACCAGAUUUUUGAUAUCCCUGAAAGCAAUGAUUGUGCAACUAAACUGGCAAUUCUUGAUAUGCUACACUAUUGCCUUGACCAUGCCGAUAAAAAUCUACCCUUCAAAGGUUGCUCGAGUCUGUUUAUACAGCUGCUGCCGAUGAUGAUAGCUAUGCUGGUGAUGUUUCAUUAUCUUUUCGUGGUUGUAUCCUAGUUGAAUAAGCUAUGUCAAUAUCCCUGGAUCCUGGAAGAACACACACUCAAAUGUAUGCAUUUUCUUAUGGAAACUGAGAAUGUUUUUGAGCUUCAUAUAUAGAUGCUAGAAUAAAAAGCAGUUCUUGUCUUCUAGUCUUCUAGUUUAGUAUAGUAGCCGAG